CAAAAGCUUCCAAAGCUUGCUUGUGGCAUCAUCAACCAACCACUCACCAUGAACACUCUGGUGUACGCCGUUCUAUUGAGCGCACUGGUAGGCAGUGCCUUUUGUGGCGUCCUGGCCGGAGGAUACGGAGGAUACGGAGCCGGCCUGGGAGGCCUUGGUGGCGGUCUAGCUCUCGGUGGCGCAGACCUGGGAGGCGGUGCCGGAGUAGGAGUCGGCAGCAGCGUGGUUCUCCUGGGCGGCGGCGGCCAAGGUUUCAGCAAGGCCGUAGCCGGACCAUCAUUCCUCGUUAACACGGUGCACCACGUGUCUAAGGUCGACGGUGGAGGCGCCAUUGUGGCCCACUCCGGUCUUGGAGGCGUCGCCGGAGGACCCGGCUUUGGCGGAGUCGUCGCCGGAGGACACGGAGGAGGCGUCUUGCUCAGUGGCGCUGACCUCGGAGGCGCCGGUCUAGGCCUUGGUGGAGGUUACGGCCUCGGCGGUGGCAAGCUGCUUGUAUUGAAAGGAGGAUACCACAAAUGAGUACCUUCCCGUUUAGUAGCAAGAGAAAAGGCAUGCGGUGAAAGCUACGCAGCGCCGUUUUGUGUGUGAGAGCUUCUGAGGCUUGAACCUGUCGUCAGAGUUGAAGAGAAUGAAGAAAUAAAAAAAAAUGUAUUUUUAGCAGGUGUAAAUAAACAUCAUCUGGGGACACCGUUCCCCGUCACCUGAA